GAAUAAUUUUCCUACCAGGAUAAUAUAUAAAAUUUAAACAUAGCCUAACAUAUGACUAAUGAAAGUUGUUGAAUUAUUAUGUAGUUGACAAUAAUGAUAGAUAUCCUGUAAUUACAAACGCUAAGAAAAAUAAGAAGUCUCAGUUUCUUGAAGUGUUAGUGAUAUGUAAGAAAAUGUUUUUUUCCCGAAAUCAACAUUGAUACCAGCAAGCCACGGGCAUUUGUAUUUGCAACGAGUAUUAAUUCCAAUAGUAUCUUUAAUCCUCGUAUAAUAACAGCGUUAAAACAGGUACCUGAUAUUAGCAUAGUGUACACUGAUUUGUGAUGUUAUAUGUGAUUGUUUCAUGAAAAAUACUAAUGAAAUGAGAAUGGUUAAGAGUGGACUAACAAAGAUUCUAUUGACUGGACAAAUGUUGAUAAUUGUGUGUUUAUUGGCAUUGAAAAUGAACACUGAUACUGUUACAUACAACGAACACAUUGCACGUGAGUCAUUAAAAGGACACCUGCUGAAAAAGGACAAACUGUUCAAUGAUGAAACAAGAGAGGUACAGAAACAACAAACAGUGUCUGAAGGCGCAAAGUCAAAUUACUCGAAGAAACACUUGUUGUCAACAACAUCUACGAAACACAUGUCCAGUGCAAGUCUUGUAUAUUUAGCCAAUGUACGGAAGUUUAAGAAAAAGGAACAAGAAAUGAAAGAAAGGUUGUCACGAGUACGUCAAAAAUGUUUAGAUUACAUGCAAAAUCCGUACUGGCAGAAUCUACGACAAGGAGGCAGAGUCUGGACAUACGAACCACAACAGAUACACUACUGCAUAAUUCCGAAGGUUGGAUGCACAUUUUGGAAGCGUAUAAUGCGGUUUCUUGGGAAAGACUAUCCAAGAACCCAGAAUGUUCAGCGACCGUCCGAUAUUGACAGAGGUUUUGUUCAUUAUGGCGGUUUAUCAAAUCUUCAGCAGUGGAGUGUACAAAAUCCGAUAGCCCAUAUGCUAAUGACGAACGGAAACUCUUUUAUGAUGACACGUGACCCCUAUUCAAGAUUAUGGUCUGCAUAUAUUGAUAAAUUUCUACUUCCGGAUUUCUGGCGAACUGAUGCUAAGGCGGUCGUGAAAAAACUACGACCAAAUGCAACAGAAUACGAAAGAAAUUGUGCAAACAACGUCAGUUUUUAUGAAUAUCUUUUGUUCAUAAAUCGGACUUAUAAGUCGGGCUUGAACGAACACUGGGAUAAAAUGCAUCGAUUAUGUAGCCCUUGCCACGUACAGUAUGACGUCAUCGGUAAACAAGAGUCUUUCAGUUCUGACGCCGAUUACAUUUUAACAAAGUUUAAUAUUGACUACCUUAAAGAGAACACUACAAAAUUAGACAUGGUUCAUGAAGAGGUCACAACCCUAACAAAAUAUAAUUUUAAUUUAGAAUCGGCCAUUACGGAAGGCUGUUUUGAAAAGUUAGAUGUAGCCAAAAGGUUGUGGUUAGCCUUUCAGUAUAACGGAUAUAUCGACCGCAAUGCAGACUUCCCAGAAAAAUAUCUGAUGAAAACUGGCUUCUUAAUAGAACCAGCUGAAAUAUUUAUGGACUUAGUGUUUCAAACGAUAAAGAAUCAAACUGACCAAGGUAUAGAUAUAAAGGGACAAAAGCGAACAAUGAUGCUUGAGGCAUAUAGAAAGAUCCCUGAUGAUUUAUUAAAAGCCAUAGUGAACGUGUAUGAAUACGAUUUUGAACUAUUUGGAUACAAUAGAACUUUAUUACUAUGAGCGAGAAAUCACAAAUUAUAUUUAGAAUGUCUGCAUGAGUUAUACGGGUGUUAUUUUUCUGUUGUAUUACAGUCUGAGUGGAAACAAAUAGCUGCAGAAAGACCCCUAUCAGAUAUACAAUGUAAUGAAAAUGUACGAGCUUCUAAUCGUUGACUAUGUGGGGGAUUGCCAUAGAUAUUUUAAUGGCCAAACCACAUCAUUUUUUGUCCUAUUGUCCAAUAUCGCAGGUCGAUAUUAUCGUUUUGCUGGAUUUUUUGUGUGUAUAAGUACGUACACCUUUAGUUUGUGACAAACUUCAGUUUAGUGUGAAACCAAAAGACAUAUAUCUCACAUAUCUUUGGGCAAUUUUUCUUUCUGUCUUUGUUUCAGUGUGUUUUGUUGUGUUCGACAUUACCCGUACGAGCAAAUAUGUUACUUAGUGUUCUGUAUUAUGUAAUUUGUGUGUCAUGGAUAUGUUUUUGACAUUAAACCUUUAAAUAAAACACGAAGAAACUGUU